AUGGUGAGCCAACCAUAUCUUAAGAAAGGAACGUGGACUAUUAAUGAAGACCAGAAACUGAUUGCUUAUAUCAUGAGAUAUGGUAUUUGGAAUUGGAACGAGAUGCCCAGAUUUGCUGGGUUGCAAAGGUCAGGGAAGAGCUGCAUGCUUCGUUGGAUGAAUUACUUGAGGCCUAAUAUAAGGCGUGGAAACUUCAGCAGGGAAGAAGAAGAAACCAUAAUACACCUUCAAAAGGAGCUCGGAAAUCGAUGGUCAGCCAUAGCAACAAGGCUUCCACACAGAACUGACAACGACAUCAAAAACAACUGGAACACUCGCUUGAAGAAAAGGGUAAUAUCAGAGAAUGACAAGUCAGUACCAGCAAGUACCACAGAAAUCUAUUCCAGUGUUGAGGAGAAUUCACCUGAUGCAGACUCCUCAAGCUUGCUUAACAUUCCAACAACGGCUGAUUUCCCAGAACCAUCGACUUGCAGUCAGGGAUCUACCUAG